CAUUGGGGGGGGCGAGAUGCGCUCGCUGCAUCCCAGCUUUUCAGAGUUUUUGGGAGCUUGUACAACCUUGCAUCUGUCAAAACAAGUGCUGAUAAAAUAAAUUAGGCUAAAGCUUUCAGUUUUCCACCAGAAGUCCGUUUUUUUUGCGCUUGGAUUGAAGUUUUACGCGCGGGUCGAGACGCCUUUAACGCACAUGUGCAAAAUUUGGUGCCGGCGUUCUUUAAAGCUGGGAAAAUAAAGUAGGAAGGCAAACGUAGGCUAGGGAUACAAAGUUAAUGUUAAACAAGCUUGGAUCCAUGCAUUUCUCCGGCCGUGGGAUUGCGAGCCCAAGACAUCCGAAGAGGAAUUACAGCGUCCUUUCCAAACUAAGUUGAUCGCUGUGCGUGAUAUUUUUUCUCCUGCACAUGAGGACAACAGUUUUUUAGCGCAUGGAUAAGUUUUUUUAGUGGAUAACAUUUUUUUUUUUCUACUUGCAUUGCAUUUUGCUGCCGCUUCUCAUGAGGAUCCUUUCCCCCCCUUUCCCUCUACUUCAGUUUAAUUCGUGGCACUUCUUUUUGUAAAUCAGUGAUGUCUCGACGCGACGGCACAAGCGGCUGAUUUUUCAUCAUAUUCGAGCGAAGAAGAAUUGCAGCUGUAGAAGUGAAGCUAUCAUCCAUCCUUGAGUAUGGACUUAGCAGGUCAGGCUCAUGUGCUGCUGGUCUUGCUCACCUGUGCAGUCCUGCUAUGUCUGGCCCAGGAGAGGGACUACACAGUGAAAGAGGAGCAGCCGGAGAACGUCAGAAUCGGAAACCUGCGCAGGGACCUGGACCUCAACCUAGACCCUAGUAUCAGGCUAUCCUCGCCGCUGCAGUUCAAGCCUGUGUAUAAGACAGGCGACGUGCCUUUGGUGAGGGUGGAGGCCAGCACGGGGGAGAUCUUUACCACCAAUCACCGCAUCGACCGGGAGAAGCUGUGCUCGGGGGUCUUUGCUGAGAAACGCUGCUACUAUGAGAUCGAGGUGGCCGUUCUGCCCGACGAGAUCUUCAGACUGGUCAAGAUCCGCUUCCUGAUUGAGGAUGUAAAUGACAACGCGCCCCUUUUCCAGUCCACUGUUAUAAACAUCUCCAUCCCAGAGAACACAGCCAUCAAUACUCGAUACCCAGUGCCCUCAGCAUUUGACCCUGAUGUAGGAAUCAAUGGGAUUCAGCAUUAUGAGCUGGUCAAGAGUGUCAGUGAGUUUGGCCUUGACAUCAUUGAGACUCCCGAAGGUGACAAGUGGCCACAGCUGAUUGUCCAGCAGAACCUUGACCGUGAGCAGAAGGACACCUUUGUGAUGAAGAUAAAGGUGGAGGAUGGAGGCAACCCUCCCAAGUCCAGCACUGCCAUCCUCCAAGUCACCAUCUCUGAUGUCAACGACAAUCGCCCCAUCUUCAAGGACAGCGAGCUGGAGGUCUCAGUCCCAGAGAACGCCCCCACUGGGACAUCGGUUGCUCAGCUACAUGCCACGGAUGCAGACCUGGGCUCCAAUGCACAGAUCCACUUUGCCUUCAGCAACCAGAUCUCUGCCUCAACCAGGCGCCACUUUGCCAUCGAUAGCUCAACAGGACUGAUCACUGUGAAGCAGCCACUGGACCGGGAGGUCACUCCUGUUCAUAAACUCAUUGUCCUGGCCAGUGAUGGCAGCUCCACCCCGUCAAGAGCAACGGUGAUUGUUAAUGUCACAGACGUUAAUGACAAUGUCCCUACCAUAGACACUCGCUACAUUAUCAACCUGGUUAAUGGGACUGUUCUUUUGUCUGAGAAUGCACCUCUGAACACCAAAAUAGCCCUCAUUACUGUCACUGACAAGGAUGCAGAUCUUUAUGGUAAAGUAGCUUGCUACACUGACCAUGAUGUUCCUUUUCGGUUGAAGCCCGUCUUUAAUGAUCAGUUCUUACUAGAGACGGCCGCCCCCUUAGAUUAUGAGACGACUCGAGAAUAUGCAAUUAAGAUAGUAGCCUCGGAUAGGGGGACGCCUCCUUUGAACACUUCAGCUAUGGUUUUAAUUAAAAUCAAGGAUGAGAACGACAAUGCACCCAUCUUCCCCCAGCCGGAAAUCCAACUUUCCAUACCAGAGAACAAUGACCCUUCUACACAGUUAAUAAAAAUCAGCGCCACUGACGCGGACAGCGGACAUAAUGCUGAGAUUAUUUAUACUCUUGGCCCUGAUGCGCCUGAUGGUUUUAACGUAGACAGGCGGUCAGGAAUCCUUUCUGUUGGCAAACGACUGGACAGAGAAAAGCAGGAGAGGUACUCAUUCACUGUCAUAGCGAAGGACAAUGGCUCCACAUCCCUGCAGAGCAAUGUCACUGUCAGGCUAAUCGUCCAGGACCUUAAUGACAACAGCCCAGCUUUCACACACCCCGAGUACAACUUCUAUGUGCCUGAGAACCUGCCUCUCUAUGGAACUGUUGGCUUAAUCACAGUGACAGAUGCAGAUGCAGGAGACAAUGCAGUUAUAACCCUGUCCAUUUUGAAUGGUAAAGAUAAUUUUAUCAUCGACCCCCAAACUGGAGUCAUCAAACCUAAUAUUACCUUUGAUAGGGAGCAGCAAAGCUCCUACACUUUCAUGGUCAAAGCAGUUGAUGGGGGGCAACCUCCCAGCUCCUCCUACGCCAAGGUCACCAUCAACGUAGUCGAUGUGAACGACAAUCGCCCUGUGUUCGUCAUCCCGUCCUCAAAUUACUCCUAUGACCUAGUGCGGACCACCACCACCCCUGGCGCUGUGGUCACCAGAGUGUUUGCCAUUGACAAUGACACAGGUAUGAAUGCUGAGCUGCAGUACAGCAUUAUCAGCAGCAUCAUCAUCACAUCUAGGGUCUCCCCUCGAGGUCUCUUUGCCAUCGACAAAACAACGGGUAACAUUACACUGCAGGAAAAAAUAGUAUCAGCUGAUCAGGGGCUGCACAGGCUGGUGGUCAAGGUCAAAGAUCUAGGCCAGCCUGAGUCAUUACACGCCAUUGCUCUGAUUCACCUGUUUGUCAAUGACACUGUGUCAAAUGCUACCUUUAUCCAAGAGCAGCUACGGAAAAGCAUGGAGACACCUUUGGACCGUAACAUAGGGGACAGCGAGGUAACACCUCAAGCCAAUGGAUAUGUGAUUGUUGUCAUAGCUAUCAUUGCAGGGACCAUGACUGUCAUCUUGGUGAUAUUUGUGACUGCCUUGGUGCGAUGCCGACAAACACCCAGACACAAAGUAGUACAGAAAGGCAAGCAGAGCGGGGAAUGGGUGUCACCCAACCAAGAGAACCGUCAGAUCAAAAAGAAGAAGAAGAGAAAGAAGCGAUCCCCCAAGAGCCUCCUUCUGAACUUUGUGACCAUAGAUGAAUCCAAGCCUGACGACCCUACCCAUGAGCAUGUAAAUGGUACACUGGAUCUCCCUGUGGAGCUAGAGGAGCAAACCAUGGGGAAGUACAACUGGGCCACCACGCCUACCACCUUCAAACCCGACAGCCCAGAUUUAGCCAAGCAUUACAAGUCAGCUUCCCCCCAGCCUACAUUUCAAAUCAAACCAGAGACCCCAGUGGCCCCAAAGAAACACCACGUGAUCCAGGAGCUCCCUUUGGACAACACAUUUGUGGUGGGCUGUGACUCACUCUCCAAGUGCUCAUCGACUAGCUCCGACCCAUACAGUGUCUCAGAGUGCAGCUGUCAGGGGGGAUUCAAGACCACGGGGCAAAUCACCACCCGACAGAACCUGGACCAGACACCAGAAAAGUCUUUCAACUCACCGCCCCCAAUUUGUCCUCAUAAGGAGGCCUGUCAACUAAGCAAGAUAACCUCUGUGAAUACCCAGCGCCGUGUGACCUUCCAUCUCCCCGACGGUUCCCAGGAGAGCUGCAGUGACAGCGGGCUGGGAGACCCCGAGCCCAGCAGCAUGGCCAGCACCACCCAGCCUCUCCCCAUGAGCUUCCCCCAGGACGAGUACUACGAGCAAACCUCACCCAACAGCCGCACUGAGGGAGAUGGAAACUCAGACCCAGAAUCCACCAUCGAGGUGAACCUGCAGAAAGCUCUGGCUGAGGCCUCCGAGACCUGCACCCAGGAGUGUCUGAUACUGGGCCACUCCGACAGCUGCUGGAUGCCCCCAGCCCUGGCUCAGUUCCAAGGGUCUGGUAGCAACAGCCCCUCUACCACCCCGACCACUGCCACCAUCACCGCUACCAUGCCCUCAUUUGGCUUCCAGCAGAGCUUCGCCCGGGGAGCCAAAGCUAACAUGGGUGGCAUGGGGGUUAUGGAUGGGCGCCACACUCUGGGCAGGUCCGUGCCCAAAAAGGACGACCUGGACAAAGGGAUGAACCGGCCGCAGUUCUACAACACCCUGGACAGACACUGCAGUAGUAAGAAGGAGGACCCCGUCAAGGUCAUCCCGCUGGCCAGCUUCUCCUCCCCUGGGCAGCAGACGCCCACCGGAGGAGGCAGUGGCUCUUUCUUACACGAGCACCAGUUGUAAGACAGACCUUCAUUGCCCCGACACACAUCUGAACUCGACACAUAGACGGCUUUUUGUCAGUGACUUUGUGCUCGGUAUGUUUGCGUACGUGUGGAGGUAUGCAUCAUUUGAAAAACUUUGACCAGCUCCAGCUCGGUUUUCUCAUGAAGACGUCUGAAAGUGGAUUCCACCACGAUGAUGCUGCUCAGACAGAAUCACAGGAUCCGUCUGAAAGGAAACGUAAAGGUCUUAACAUAAGCAGGCCCAUGUGUAAUUAAUAAAGGUAGUCCUAUACCAAAGUAGUUCUGUCACAGAUAAAAUAAUACAUUUUGCUUCAGUUUGGUGAUGUUUGCUUAGUGAUAUGAAAAGGCAAUGUAUGCUUCUUUCCUCGGACAUAGCCUCUCUGUCCUAAAAGACCAUUUCCACAUGCAGAAAAAAACAUGCAAAUACAGUGCUUUGUGUUGAGUGAGCUAAAUUGGGCUAAAUGUUUAUUAUGAGCUCUGGGUGGAUGCUGUUUCUGUUUCUGUUCUAGUGAAAUAUUGCUCUAUAUAACACGCAGCACAAACUCUUUUGGAGGUGGAAGAUGCUUCUUUUGUCUUGGCUGCACACAUUUCAGAAGUCUAUUUUGGUCAGGGGACUGCAGAAGGAUGAAAAAAAAAGAAGUCUACAAAGCAUAUCUAGGCCAAUGGUAGACAACACCUGUAAUCUCCUGCACUUUACAUUUUCACCAUGGACAAGUACACAAAUUAAAACACAAAAACAACACUUUCUCCUGCAUACACAAAUACACACACAUACCCAAGAAAAAUGAGUUCCAUAUGGUGGUUGCUCUAUCUUUGCCAACUCUAUUAAGAAAAUGUUCACUAAGUAUCUCUGUAGCUUAGCCUUGAAAGGCGCAGACAGAUGCGCUGUGGAAACAUACCCUUUGUUUCCCUUUCUUUGUUUCCAGUUCUCACAUUUUGCUGCUCAGAAACACUUUCACGAUAACAGCUAUGGAGCCAAUUAUGAAAUUCUCAGUCUAAUUACUUUGAUGUGUGAUCUCAGUAGCAAUCCUUAUUGUGGUUUUCGAGGUCUGGAUUGGUUCUCCUGGCUGGAGAGAAACAUGCUCUGCAUGUACAAAAGCAAAGAAAAGGUGACUCAAAAAGCAGCGUAUACACUCCCUCUAUUCCCAUUACAUCAUUAAUAACACAUAUUGUUCCUGCUUUUAUUUACUUUUGGGCAAUUUCAUGCAAAUCGGUACGGCUGCAAAGUUUCUGUUUUCAUUUUUAACCGUUGACACUGAAAUAAAAGAGCAGGGUGGGAGAAUUUCUGCAGGGCCCUGAGUCAAGCUGAAUUAUUGAUGUUAAUGUUAUUUUUGCAGUUAUCAUUAGAAUAGGCAUUGGCACUGUUUGAAAGGACCUCCCUGCAGGCUGCCCCUAACCAUGCUUUUUUAUCAUACACACUGCAUCACUGCCUGCGUGUAUAAAAUGUACUGAUGAUGAUAACGACUUCAGACUAACUUGCUGCUGUAACAGAUUGGGCUCAGUAUAAUCUAUUGCUACAGCAAUAAGUGACUUUGCUGAUAUCCAUUUUUCUUUUCCCAGUAACGUCCCAGCCAGGUGUCUACAUCAUAAGCUAUAUGAUUCAUGCGAUUCAUUUUCUCGUACCAUCUUGCAAAUUGGGAACAGGCUUAAAUCUAUAAUGCAACGUGGUGUUCUCUGGGGAAGGC